CCUCGGCAGAGUGGAGCUGAGGACGCCGACACGGACGCGUUUCCCUCGUCACGAAUCCCGCUCGUCGUCAUUCACAGGCUCGACUCGCGAAGGCCGGCUGCGUUCCUCGGUUCGGUUGCACUCAGCUGCACACGCACCGCACUCCGUUCCGACGCGUCGAGCGCGCACGCACGGCUCCAGUGGAUCGACCGACCGGCUACAAGAGGAGUUCAGGAUCAGGAGAGAUCAGCUGUUCCCGGCGAGCCACCGUUUUUCCACCCCAAAAGAAAAGCAGAAUGAGGGAGAUCGUGCAUCUACAGGCCGGACAAUGCGGCAACCAGAUCGGUGCGAAGAUUUCUCUCGGAUUUCUUCUUCUUUUCUGAUAAGAUCAAUACGCUCGGUGGUGGGUCUUCGUAGUAGCAACCGGCGAGAGAAAACACGAGCUUUAUGUCGUUCCAUAAAAAACCCAUGGUGGCAACCUUUCAUCAACGGUAUCGUCUGACCGUGGCUGUAAUCGAGUCGAAGAUAAGGCAACGAGCAACGAGACGGAAUUUAAAGAGUCUCUCCACCGUGCUCGCCAUUGACGGAGGCCUUCCAUUUAUUUCGUGCGGUCGAAUUCUGGGAAGUCAUCUCUGAGGAGCAUGGAAUCGACCAGUCCGGUAUUUAUAAUGGGGACAGCGAUUUGCAGCUCGAGCGAAUCUCCGUGUAUUACAAUGAAGCAUCCGUCGCGACGUCUACGAAUGGAGGAAAAUAUGUGCCGCGUGCGAUCCUGCUGGAUCUGGAGCCAGGAACGAUGGACGCCGUCCGUUCCGGCGCUUAUGGAAAACUCUUUAGGCCAGACAACUUCGUGUUCGGGCAGUCCGGUGCUGGUAACAAUUGGGCGAAAGGACAUUACACCGAGGGCGCCGAGCUGGUGGACUCUGUUCUUGAUGUGGUACGAAAGGAGUGCGAGAACUGCGAUUGUCUUCAAGGCUUCCAGCUCACCCACUCACUUGGUGGUGGUACCGGAUCCGGAAUGGGCACCCUACUGAUCUCGAAGAUCCGCGAAGAAUAUCCCGAUCGGAUUAUGAACACGUACUCGGUGAUGCCGUCGCCCAAGGUAUCCGACACGGUCGUGGAACCUUACAACGCCACCCUAUCGGUGCACCAGUUGGUGGAGAACACCGACGAGACUUAUUGCAUCGAUAACGAGGCUCUGUACGAUAUCUGCUUCCGCACGUUGAAGGUUUCCAACCCGAGCUACGGUGAUCUCAAUCAUCUGGUCUCCCUCACCAUGUCCGGAGUUACGACUUGUCUCAGGUUUCCCGGUCAGCUGAAUGCCGAUCUGCGGAAGCUCGCGGUGAACAUGGUGCCGUUCCCGCGUCUGCACUUCUUCAUGCCAGGUUUCGCGCCUCUCACGUCUAGGUCCAUGCAACAAUACUCUGCGCUUUCCGUGCCGGAGCUCACGCAGCAAAUGUUCGACGCGAAGAACAUGAUGGCUGCUUGCGAUCCGCGCCACGGUCGUUAUCUCACCGUGGCGGCCGUGUUCCGCGGCAGGAUGUCGAUGAAGGAGGUCGACGAGCAGAUGCUCAGCGUGCAGAACAAGAACAGUUCGUACUUCGUCGAGUGGAUACCGAACAACGUAAAAACGGCGGUGUGCGACAUCCCGCCGAAGGGACUGAAGAUGUCGUCGACCUUCAUCGGCAACACCACCGCGAUUCAGGAGCUGUUCAAGAGAAUCUCCGAGCAGUUCACGGCGAUGUUCAGGAGAAAGGCCUUCCUCCACUGGUACACCGGCGAGGGCAUGGACGAGAUGGAAUUCACCGAGGCGGAAUCGAACAUGAACGAUCUGGUGUCCGAGUAUCAGCAGUAUCAGGAAGCCACGGCAGAGGAGGACUUCGAGGCGGAAGAAUGCGCCGACGACUUCGAGACAUGCGAGCAGGAGAACUAAAAGCUGCUUUCGAAAGACGAUUCUCUUUCGAAAAAGAAAUUUGAUUUACCUUCAGCUUCUCUCUCUAUCCGUAUCCUGUCAUCGUAGGAGUCUGCACAAUCGACCGCGUAUUCGCGAGGGGCCGUCUUUUGAUACUUUUAUACGUGAUGCGCUCUUUGUAAUCAAUGAGCCAAGUGUAAUACAAGCGACUGAGAUUAAUUUCUUUAACAUAUUGUAAUAUUAGAAUAUUUAUAAAGCAUAUUUUAUAAGCACGGAGAUACUCGGAUGGAUGAAUGAUGGAAUCGUGUUUUAGGCGGAUAAUAACGUAGAAUAAUUAGGAAGCAAUGUAACUUGAUUUGCUAAUCUCAGAUACGCCUGUAUUACACCCAGCUUUAUUAGUGAUAAUUAUACAGAUCUUUACACAUGUUACUUUAGACGAACGUGACGUGAAUUGGAUUGCAAUAAAAAUCUUUGAAAAUU